AUGAAGUUUGGCAGUCAACUAAGGGCGGCCUUAUAUGAGGAAUGGGCCAAAUCUUAUGUUGAUUAUGACGGACUAAAGAAGCUUCUUAAACGUGGAAUUAAUAAAGAAGGUGGAUAUACUGGAAAAGACGAAACGGAAUUUGUCGAAAAGUUAGAUAAAGAGCUUGAAAAG